GAGGACAGGAAGACCUCAGACAGACAGUUCAGAGAGAUGAGAGAGGAAGGGAGGAAAGGAGGAAAGAAGAAAGAAAGAAAAAGAAAGACAUUGAAAGAAGAGAGCGGGGAGGAAAGGGCCAAGAAAACAAGAAAGGACGACGAAAGGAAAAAAGCGAGAAAGAAAAGAGAGAAAAGCAAAGCACGAGAAAGAUACAGAAAGCCGGAAGAGAGAGUGAGAGGAAAGAGAGAAAG